AUGGCCUAUUUCUCUUUAGAUGCUGGGGAAAACACUUACAUUCUGGGCUCUAGGAUUAUGAGUGCUGUUCUGCCAUAUGGGAAAUUGUACUUUGACGGUUGUUGGACACAUGGUUACACAAUAGGGGAUUUUCUUGCUCAGGCAUUUGGGCUUCUGUUGUUUCUGCCAUACCUCCAACCUGGAACCAACUUUAGCAGUGGUGUCAACUUUGCAUCUGCUGGAGCAGGCUUGUUGGAUGAAACAAAUACUCAUCAAAAUUCCAAUCCAAUGAUGCGUCUCUGGUUCCAAGUUUUUCUCGCAAAUUUGGUUCUCUCUGUGCUAGCAUCAACAUCCAGCGCAGACUUGGAGGAUUCAUUCGAGCAACUCUUCCCGGAACACCUCCGGGAUUUUCACCCAUGCGCUUCCCUGCCGAAGAACUCUGCCGAGAGGAGCGUUUGCAGUCUCCUGUCAGCGACGAGCAAGCAAAUCUCCCUCCUCAAAUCGCGAAGCAUCUCCAAUUCCGACACCACUGCAUACAACUUCACGAACAAGAGUAGCAGCUGCAAAUACAAGGAUGAAAACGGGCCAUCGCUCCACAGGUACGCCACCGAGAGAUCACCCGAGCUCGCAGCGCUGCUCGAUCGCUACGCCCAAAUGCACAGUCUGUGCGUGGAGGCCGAGUACCACCGGCUGCACGACGCGCGGUACCGCCCGGCGUGCCGCUACGUCGUGUGGAGCUGCACCUUCGGCCUGGGCAAUCGCCUCAUGUCGCUCGUCUCGGCCUUCCUCUACGCCAUCCUCUCACAGCGCGUCCUCCUGGUGGACAACGAUGGCUGGGAGAAGCUCUUCUGCGAGCCAUUCCCAGGCUCUACGUGGAGGAUGCCGCGCGGCAUGCACUCCUCUUCUAGCCAGGCCUCCAGCUUCUCGGCGUUCUACAAGAGUAGCGCUAGAUCUUCCUCCAAUUGCGCCAAGAACUCCUCGAAUUGCCAUCGAUCUUCACUCCCGCGAGCGGUCCCUCUCGCCUUCCGAUCCAAGACCGAUCCAGCCGAGCACAAAUUCCUCGUCUGCCCGUCCGCCACCAGAUCCCUCCGCGAGAUCCCGGUGAUCUACUUCAAGAACAGCAACCAGUACUUCGCGCCGGGAUUCUUCCUCAAUCCCGCAUUGCAGCCGGCGCUGGCGGCGCUGUUCCCAUCCCGCCGUGUCUUCCACGAUCUGGGCAGAUACCUCCUGAAUCCCAGCGAUUCCGUGUGGCCGCGCAUCGCCCGGCUCCAUAGAACCCUAAUCGCCGGCGCGACGAGGAGCUUUGGCGUCCAGAUCCGCGACUUCGAGCGAAAAUACACGAGCUACUUCGACACCACGGUCCCGCUUUGCAUCCAGCAAAGAACAGGAAUAUGCCCGAUCGAGGAGGAGGAUCAAAACAAGGGAGAAUAUACGCUCUCUGUCUACGUGGCAACGAUGGUCGCCGGACACGUGGCGGCGAUCAACGCCACGCUGGCGGCGAGCGGUCUCCGGUUCAAGCUCGGGCACCAGCGCGCUGACGGGGCGCAGCUCGAUGACGUGGGCCACCAGGAGAAGGCCGUGGCGGACAUGUGGCUGCUGAGUCACGCUGACGUGUUGCUGACGAGCGGCAUGUCCACGUUCGGGUACACCGCGCAGGGGCUGGCGGGCGUGGUGCCGUACAGGCUCACGCACUGGCCCAAAGAUCCGUGCCUGGUGGCCGUGUCCAGCGACCCGUGCUUCCAUUUUGGGCCACCCAAGGGUAUGCGCUGUGACGAGGAUGGGUUUGGACUUGGCGAGGACAACGCGCGGGGGACCCAAAAUGUGGUGUGGCCUUGCAAAGAUUUUGCUGGCACGGGAUUGCAACUCGUGGAGACUUGA